UAUGUUAUACGCCCAAAGACCGAGGCUACAGCCGCAAUCGGUUCAUUUGACGCCAGCUGAUAAGAAGCAGGCAUGGUGCGACAGUAGUCUUAUCUCAGCAACGGCACAUCUUUGACGAUGGUUUAUGUGUGACACGAUCGGAGCAGCAGGCAGCCUAUGGAUCGAGGAGAUCACUCUAGGAGUAAGGACGGCUGUGCUCCCGCAAUGCUGGGGAAUGGGACGUCCAGUCUGGGGCGUGUGUGGAGAUGAAGGAAGGAUGUACACGCUGUGCAGAUGGAGGCAGGGUGAUCGCUCUCGAUCAUAUUUUUAUCUCCUGCGCUGUAGCCCCUUUGUUUGUGCGACCGUGGGCAGACACACUCGCGUGCCCCCUUUCCAGAAAUGGAACCCCCCCACUUCCUGCUAUUCCUUGCGAUCCAGGGCAUCUCGAUCACCCCCUUGUCCAUUGUCACGAAUGAGUGUUCUGAAAGACAUAGGGAGGGGUCCCAUAGAUUGGUGGAGCGAGAGGGAGCCAAUGGAUCUCGAACAUACCGUGGGAGGGGGCGCCUCCGUCCCAAUGAGUUACCGGUACUUUCCAUUCGCUGUUGGCACACUCAAAAGAGUGUCCGUGGACAUGAUUUGAUUCGCAGACAAAGAUAGUUUAAUUUUGGUUUAUCUCAUGCCGAGGUGGGGUUGUUUAUAUCUGGACUGGAUUGCUCACUCUCCUUGGUCUCUGGCUCCUUCAUCCAGUGGAGGAAAGCAAUGGG